CCACUUAUCAUUUUUGUUUGACAUCUAAUCUAAAUAUUUAUUUUUUUGUUUUUGUUCACGAAAAAUACAUAACAGAAAAAAAUUAAUUCAAUAAAGAUUAUUUAUUAAGAUAAAGCUAAUUAUGUGCAUAAUCGAGCUAUAACAGUAUUUCCAGACUAUUGUUGCUGACAUAUCAAAAUGAAACUCCAAAAUUUAUCCUAUUGCCCUCCAAAUGCUUCCAUUUGGCAAAUGUGGUUGGACGAUGGAGUCAAUCAGUGUUUCAUGAACACAUUAACGAGCUCUGUGAUUGCUGGAUUUAUUCUUAUAGCAGGGACAAUACAAUUAUGUAUAUAUCGCCGAUAUGGCACAGAACUUUCACCAAUCCAUUUAACCAAAUCGAGGCUUUAUGGGCUUCAAAUAUUUUUGACUGUAUUUUUGCCAGUGCUUGAAGCUAUUAGAUUUAUUUUGGCAGUGACAGUAUUUGAAGAUACAAGUGUUUAUGGAUAUAUGAUUACAUCUCUUACACUAACGGUGUUUUACUACAUUUACUCCUUAUGGAUUAUCAGAGUGGAAAGGCAUUAUUUAUUACCAUCAGUACCCACCAGAGGUCACGGUAUAGUAUUGCUAAUAUUUUGGAUGCUGAUAUUUGUCUCUCAAAAUUUGGCCUUUUUAAAUUUGAACCAGAAGGAUUGGUGGUUCAAGUUAGAAGGUGUUGCCAACAAAGUGGAAAUGUCCUUUUUUGUAAUAAGAUAUGUGGCUUGUUUAAUGUUGUUUGUAGUGGGCCUAAAAGCACCAGGAAUAAUACAGAAUAUAGAUUAUUUCAACUUAAAUGACUCAUCAAGGAAUUUGCCCAAUGCAACUCAAGAAAAUUCCUCAACAUGGAGAAACUUUUGGAAAAAGAUGAACACUUUAAUGCCCUUUAUGUGGCCGAAAAAAGAUUGUUGCCUGCAAUUCCGUGUAUUGUUCUGUAUCAUCUUGUUAGUAGCAGGCAGAGUUGUGAAUUUAUACGUGCCAAUUUACAACAAACUAAUUGUGGAUUCCUUGGCGGAGAAAAAUGAGAAACUGUCGUUUCGUUGGGACUGGAUUUUGCUUUAUGUGGGAUUUAAAUUUUUGCAAGGUGGCGGCACUGGAGGCAUGGGAUUAUUGAAUAAUUUAAGAUCGUUUUUGUGGAUUAGGAUUUCGCAAUACACUACUAGAGAAAUUGAGGUUGAACUUUUCAGGCACUUGCAUAGUCUUUCACUAAGAUGGCACUUGAGCAGGAAAACUGGUGAAGUUCUACGAGUUAUGGAUAGAGGAACUGAUAGUAUCAAUAACUUAUUAAAUUACAUAUUUUUUUCAAUAGCGCCAACUUUAAUAGACAUUAUUGUGGCAGUAGUGUAUUUCUGCACUGUUUUCAACAUAUGGUUUGGUAUGCUUGUACUUCUUACCAUGAUUUUGUAUAUUGGUGUUACCAUAUGGGUAACUGAAUGGCGUACAAAAUUCAUAAGAAGAAUGAAUUUGGCUGACAAUGAAACACGUGCUAGAAGUGUCGAUUCUUUAUUAAACUUUGAAACAGUUAAAUAUUAUGGAGCUGAAGCAUAUGAAGUUUCAGCUUUUAGGGAUACUAUUUACAAAUAUCAGGCUGAAGAAUGGAAGUCAUCUGUAACCCUCAAUUUGCUAAACACGGUUCAAAAUAUAAUAAUUUGUGGUGGCUUGUUGGCAGGAAGUUUACUUUGUGCUUAUAUGGUUGCAGAAAAACAUACCCUUACUUCUGGAGAUUAUGUACUGUUCGCCACUUACAUUGUCCAGCUUUAUGUUCCUUUAAAUUGGUUUGGAACUUAUUAUAGAUCCAUCCAAAAGAAUUUUAUCGACAUGGAAAACAUGUUUGAUCUCAUGAAAGAAGAAGAAGAUAUUAUUGACGCACCAGGAGCCGGACCUUUGGUGAUCAAAAAAGGAAUUGUAGAAUUCAGUAAUGUCACUUUCAGUUAUGUUCCUGAAAGAUUGGUUCUGAAAAAUAUUACGUUUUCUGUGCCCCAUGGGAAGACUGUAGCUCUAGUUGGACCUUCCGGAAGUGGAAAAAGCACCAUAAUAAGGCUACUUUUUAGAUUCUACGACAUUGAAACAGGUUCUAUUAUUAUCGAUGGGCAAAAUAUUAAAACAGUUACACAAGAAUCUUUGAGGAGAGCUAUAGGAGUGGUACCCCAAGAUACUGUAUUGUUUAAUAACACAAUAAGAUACAACAUAAAAUAUGGUAGAUUGGGAGCUACAGAUGUUGAUGUAAUAAAAGCAGCGCAAGGAGCAGAUAUUCAUAAUAAAAUUUUAACUUUCCCAGAGCAAUAUGAGGCACAGGUUGGCGAGAGAGGCUUAAGACUAAGUGGUGGGGAGAAGCAACGUGUAGCAAUAGCUAGGACUUUAUUGAAAGCACCAGCAAUAAUACUUCUGGACGAAGCGACAAGUGCUUUAGAUACUCAGACUGAACGGAAUAUACAAGAAUCCUUAAAUAAAAUGUGUGAGAAUAGGACGACAAUAAUUGUAGCUCACAGGCUGAGUACUAUUAUUCAUGCUGAUGAAAUAUUAGUAUUAAAAGAUGGGGAAAUAGUAGAACGAGGGAGACACGAGCACCUGAUUGGUCGAGAAGGUGUCUACGCUAACAUGUGGAAGCAGCAGCUUGACAGCAAAGAAGCUUCCAUAGAAAACAGUUUAGAGCAAAGUACUGCUUCAUGAAGCUAACCUAGUAGUAACCAAAAAAAGACUACGUUCAUAGUAAUUAGACAAAAUCAGAACUCGAUUGACUGAUUUGUUUUUGAACAAACCCCGGUUAAAAUAUAAAAUUGAUAUUUAUUGAUUAGGAUAAUAAAUUUCACGCAGUGUGUCAUUUAACAGAUAAGUACAUAAAUAUACAUUAUGUAUUUAGAUUGAAAGCAAAAAUAUACAAUAAUAUGUGAAAUCAAUUAUUAUAUUAUAGCCUACACACUGUAGAUAUUAGUGUUUUUUUUUUUUUUUUUGGGCUUAAGUAGUUUUUAAAUUUAAGUUAAAAGAUGAUAUAUUUAUACUUAUUCCUCAUUGGCUGUUUUUUAGUUAAGUUAUAAUUGUGGGAUUUACAGGGAGGUAUGGAUUGGAGUAGGAUUCGAAAAAUAUUGUAUUCUCAAAAAUAAAAUAGGUAUUUUUACCUAUGUAUGUAUAUAUUUAUUGUAUUAUUUUUAAUUGGAAAUAAAUAUUUAACUGUUCUGGAUAUAACUCUCCUUGGCAGUGCCUAUGUGUAUUGUG